UACUUGACGUCCCUGGACACUACAUACUUGAGCUUUUUAACGCUCUCCUCAACUAUCAUCAUUCAAUUUCAUACCGUACGACUUCGUCAAAACGUUCUUGCCAAUCACUUCAUUCCUCUUCGACCAAAGUAAAAUGGCCAACCAGACUGAUCUUCAUUUCAUCAUUCAGCAUGUUUUCCUGCCGCCCCAAUUGCCUCACGCCGAUGACCUCAGCCCGGAGAACGAGAGUGCUUUGCUCCGAGCUGUCAAAGAUUCUGUUACCGAGUUUAUCAAGCAUGUUCCCAAUGGUCAAAAGCCCUCCGUAAGGAUUGCCAUUGGUCUGUUGGAUGCCAUGAUACGCAUUCAUAAACCUCUGGGGAAGACGCUUGCAAUUGAGCAGUACGGCAUCCUUAAAAGUUUGCAGAAUCUGGCCGAUGCUAACAUCAUCGAAGGAGAAAUCAUCCCGCUCAACGUCCGGGCCCAGAAUGCGGGUGUACUCAUCACCAAGGCUCACGACGCAAUACACGUGGAGGCGUUUGAGCUGUCUCCAACCAAUCAGGCAGUCAUGUCAAACUUGGGUCGUCUUCAGCGAACCUUCCCCGGAACCGGAAUCUCCAUACAUCUAGAGGAGUUCAGCCAGCCGGGCUGUCAAGAGACACUUGCUGACGUUUUGUCGACAAUGAGCUCACAGCCUGCCCCAGGAACCCAACCAUUAGCCAAGAAAGCUGGGCAGCUCCAUCAGGAGCACCGCGAGACCACAAGUCCGAAAAUGGUUACCGAGCUCUUCUUUUCGUCUUUCCAAGCUAUAGGGAAACCUCUUGUCGGCACAAGAAUCUCGAAAAAUACCCGGGAAGAAGUCAACUGGAGCGAUGCCCUUCUUCCGUGGCGUCGUUCCCCUACUUGGCUGCUUGUUAGAGUCAGUCUGCAGUUAGCAUUUGAUCGCAAUAUCGACGACACAAGUUGCAGUCUUUACAAAGCAUUCAUGGUCUUUUUCAUGGCCAAAUUGCUUCGUCACAGCAUCGACACGGACAUGGAAGUCCCAUCAGACCUUAUACUCGUCAUGAUCUCGAAACUAUCUAGACGACUGGGCAAAAUCUCAAAUGGCCGGAUCCCCUCUAUCGUUGACCUCGUACAUCAGACAAUGCUGCGAGCUAACCAGGUCCUCGCCGAUCGUUGGGAUCGCAUUCAACAACGGACCUCACCUGGUUUAGCCAUAGAACUGGCCGAACUCAAAACCCUAGACUUCGAUGAAGACUCGCACCUGCACCUGCCAGCUCUUGACAGCUUCCUAGCUUCUAUUUACAGUCGAAGAUGUCACUCGGAAGGUUUCGAGUUUACUCCAUCGUGGACUUUGAUCAAGUACGACCCGGAAAUCUUCCCUUCGGCCGUGCUACAACCAGACAGGGAACAUUUGCAUUUGCAUCUAGUUGUGUUUGAAACAUGGGUUGAACGUCAUCUACAGGCUUGGCUGAUAGGCGAGUCCAGCCAAGGUUACAAUGGAUCAUGUACCAAGAUACGAAGCGUUAUUGAGGCGUAUCACAUCACCGCCAACGGCCUUUACGCUGGAAACCCAGAGUCACUUUCCGUCAUGCUGCUGACAAUUCUGGAACUAUGGGUUGCUUGCGACAAAGCUGCUGUGCACCUGUUCCCGAUGCUGAGAGACUACAACCCCGAAAUUCCCACAGGCGUUCUACAGAAUUUGCUUCUUCCGCUCAAAAGCCAGAUAAAGAGACUUCACAACGCAGAGAAGUAUCUACUCGAUCGAAACCGCAGUUGCAAGACUGCAGCAUCCGCUCCUAGCAUCUACAACACCUACGGCUCUCCACGUUGUUUCCCUGUUCGUUAUUUUCAGCAGUCUAGGGAACACCAGCGCCUGAAAGAUGAGAUCGAGGCAAAGGCGCAACGAGACAGGGAAAAGAAAGUGGGAGAACUAAACAGAAAGAAAGAGAAGUACGCAGGUCUCAUGCGCAAGUAUCAUGCCGGCAAUUGUGAGUAUCAUGAUGGGUACAACCGGAGAACGGGGAGGUACUACAGAAGCCACAGCGGCGGCUGCGCCCGCUGUUCGUACCACAAUCAGGCCAACAGCUUGCAAAUCGAUAUUCAUGAAUGGCCGCUGCCAUCACGAGAGCUCGAUGCAGAAUCAGUCGUAUUCGAGCUUUCAGUGCCAGGAUCAUUCGGAGAAUGGCGGGAGGCUACCGUGUUCUUCCUGUUUGAGGUUCUCAAAGUUACGCCGCGAAUGGGUAGUCAGAUACGAGAGUCUUCUUACUCCUUGAAAGACUACAAUGCUCUCUACCACUAUUUUCGAGGACAAUUCACGCCACACUUCGUCAGCUUGCUUUCAGAGGCCAAGCCGCACAUGGCAACCCACCGGAAGACGGUGCAUGUAGCAACUGCCACGGAAAAUCAGGUCUGUCUGAGCAAUGGACUGCAUUACGCCUACUACGAUCAUCGCAGGCAUUGCUUCAUGGAAUCAUUUGGAGGAUCUGAUAUCAUUCCCAAGGAAUGCACUUACCAAUUACCCGCGGCCUCGACGGCUUUACAAAAGUUUCUUUUCCGGCCGUCGACAUGCCCAAGUGGCCCAACGCCCAACACCGUCAUCGCCACACUUCACGAGUGUCCUCAUGACAUGUCACUCGAGGAGUACAAGGCCCUAGCUUCAAUUCCUUUGGGAUACAAUUUGCAAUGGGAAAACAUUCUUUUGCAACUUUUCGCUCCUUCGGUCGAUUUGAAGAAGCGGGAGACUGCCCUGGUCAUUCUUCAAUGCAUCUCUCAAGCAGGACCGGAUGGUGAUUCGGAGUACAGAAGAGCGCAUGCAAUUUGUCAAGACGAAAGAUUUGCGGAUACGCUGCUUGACGGAUUGGCUGAAGCUAUCACUCGUUAUGAGGAGAAUUGGCAGUCCUUAUCUGCCUUUGCCACUUUCACAGCCAUGACUCGACGUAUUCUGAGCCUUGCUCCAUUAGUGAGUGUUCAGAAAAGAUGCCUCAGAAUACUCUCUCAAGCAAGGCGUAUAACAUUUUGUUGGAGCCAGCGCCUGAGGGGGAAGGCUCAGGAUUCUGAUGACGACAAUGACAAACUGGAUUUUCAACGUCGGGCACUCGAGGUUGGGUUGAUUUGUGCAGACACCUUCAACGUGGACGACCAAUUUCAGCGCGAUAUCUUUUCCGAAAGCUCCGCCGUCUCGACUUUCUUCCAGUGCUGCAUCGCUAUCCAAGAAGGCCAAAUACUACUUGGAUCUGUGGAUGCAUUUGUCAGCCAUCUUCAUAGUCGGUGGCAACGAGCCUCCUACAUUCACCACAGCUAUCUAGCGAAGGGAAUCUUGUUAGGCAGCAGUGCUGGACUUGACGAUGCCAUCAGUGCCAAUUGGUCUAGCUACGAGCCCAGUCACCAGUGGAAGGCACUGUCUGAGACGCAUAGCUCGUGGUUGACCAGUGUCACUGCGUCUACAACCAGUCAUCUCGCUGUACAGUUUAACCUCGUAACUGGCGAGCUCCUCGUCAACGGCCUUCCUCUCGACCAUUUGCCUCAGAACUAUCUCACCCACCUGACAUAUCAGAAUCUGUUUGGGCGGCUUUCCCUUCAGAUUCUGCGCGCGGCAAAACCUGGGAUGACUUUUUCCUCGAAACGUCACUACGCUGGCCAUGCUGUCAACCUAAGCCUUGACAGCGAGGGAAGUCUCUUGGUACAGGCAAUGCAGGGUCAACGGGAAUUUGACCUUGUCCCAAAGAGUUGUUUUGAAGGACUGUUCCCCACCAAAUUCGUCAGCGGCUUUGUUCAUUGGUACAACUACGAGGAUGGUUGCAUCGAGUUUUGCAGCCUCAAAAAGCCAUGGAAUCAUUCAACGUCCAAUUGGAAGCUUCUGAAAGACAGAUUCACCGGAACCUGGGUGCUUAGGCGUAAUGAAUCGUGUCUGGUCAACGUCAACAGUCGCUCUGCAAGGCUUAUCUCGAAGAUUCUCGAGCCAUUAGAAGACCCCUUUUCGAUCCACAUCAUUCAUCACAUGAAGACUUCAAUGGUUUCUAUAGAGCUACCUCGCGCUAUGCUGGAGUUCAGUCUCAAGCAAGGGGAGGCCUCCAUGAUGUCGAGACAAUAUCGUGGCAUGUCGGUGGACCCAAAUCAGGCAGUCGGAACUCUGAUCGGUCUGAAAGACAAGUUGGUCCUCAAAGUCGACAAACUCCCACAUCCCGCUCUCCCUGUCGGGCGCAAGAUCAUAGUGCUCGAAGGAAAUAUUUCGUUCUUGAAGAAGGAUGGCCAUGUCGAAGUCACUGUGAGCAAGGGUUUUGCACCAAGGGUUCAUGCCUACGACGUGGACGAUACACUGAAUAGGCUCGCCAGCAAUGGCAGUCGACAGAGCAAGCUGUUUCUUUGUUACCUACACUCCUUGACAUCUUUUGUCAUCCCGGAUCCUCUUACGCACAGAACGGGUACCGAAGAGGCUUUGUCGAUUCUCAGCUCUGCCUCAGUCAGGUCUUUCGAUGUGCUGAGACCAGAGAACGUCAAACUUUUGACUGAAAUUUCUCGUCUGACUCCAUGCAGACGUUACUAUCCAGUCAACGAACGUGUCAUGCAACAAGUUGACUGGAACUCGCAACUUGGCUCCUUAUCCCAACAUGGUCUAUACCGGGAAUAUGUCGAGGCCAUCUUCACGCAAAACAACCAGUCAAAGUUCUUUCAACCACUGCAGGAUGUCGGGUCACUCGAGUUGAAACCCACGAGUUCCCGACUUCUAGCACGGGACAAUAUCCGAACGGCAAUGUUUCGGGUAUCAGGGUUUGGCGCUGAGUGUCAUACUAUUGAUCACGACGUUGUCUACGAACCACGGGAUCGGUCCUACCCCCCUCAAAUGUUUCGAGCAUAUUCGGCGUCCAAACUCGUCUUGUUUGAUCAGCCGAUCCUAUCAAUGCCAGUUCCAAGCUCCAUGGAAAUCUAUCUAUCGAGCUUCCUUUCCAAAGGAAUUACUAUACUUGGCCCGCAUUCACCUUUUUCGGUGGACGACAUCACAUACAAUGCCGAAUUUCUCUCGGAUUCCUAUCAGUUCAUCGCGGAAAAUUGGAUUGCGCUACAGUCCAAGUUGAAGAGCAGCAACAAGUAUAAGGUGAUGAUCUGGUUGGCGACGAUGGCCUUUGCAGCGAAUGCAGACUUCGCGGUUAUCCAGACCUUGGCUUCAUUCAAGACAAGCAGCACUAUCCACGCACUCUCCGCACCUGUGGCAGAUGGCUUUGAUCUCUCGAAUGGCAUGAACUAUAUGGAUUCAACAGUGAGGAAUGAGGCCAUGAAGAAUUUCAAGCCCUUCGAUUCCUGUCCCGAGAUGUGUAUGCAGCGACUGGCCUAUGAAGACGACCAUUCAUUCAUGGAACGGCGAGAGAGCGAAUUCCUCAGCAACAGAAACAUUGCUCUGGAAACCUUUCUCAACAUGGUAAAGUCUCAGUGGUCUUGUCGCGUUCCGAACCUGCCCGCCGGCUACAAAAAGACAAACAAUUGGAAUAGAUAUAUAGACGUGGGUAGUGCGAUGGCAAGUAUCAGGGCCCUUUUCCAAACCUGGUACGACAACCUUCAAUUUCAGAAAUACCUUCGAGAGGUAGCUUGCUUCUUGCCGACUGCAGUCAAUCCACUGGAAUUGGCGGCGUCUCUGCUGGCAACAACAGACUGGCCCACAUAUGACCAGCCUCGGUUUCUGACCGAAGACUCUUUGUUCAUGAAUUCUCCGCCGCCUUUUCUGAGCGAGGAAGUUUGGACUUUGGAUCACGAUUCUUCUAGCAAGCGUUCCAAGAGAGUGCAUAGAUUACCCGCGCUGCUUUCGCGGCUUCGGCUUCGUCACCGCAAGCUCGGUCAGUACGAGAGACGUUACGUCGAGGCCUUGGCUUCAAGCAUGGAGGCUUUAGAGCGUCGUCAGUUGUCAGAAGAUCAUUACCACGCAUCGCCAGAAGAGGUUGCGAAACUGGUGGUUUCCUACCUGCAUCGCUGGCAAGCAAUUGUUCAGGAGACAUACGAACUCAUCGUCGGCCGCCUUGUGAGCUGCGAAGAAACAGGUCAUUUAAGAUUACCCACCUUAUUGCCUGACUUCUACCAGUAUCCGAGGCUCUCAACCUCCACCCUUCUUCGCAGACUAAAUCAUCUACAUCGUGAUUCAACACCAAUUCUUUGGAAGAUGGCAUUGUCGCAAUUCGGCAUCGCACUCACGCAAUUUCAACGAGCGAAGCGAAUGCUGGGUUGCUUAGAAGACCCAGCUGCAUUGGCGAAUGAGUUGCGUAAUCCUAGCCACACGAACUGGUCCCCUUUGAAGUACCCAGACACUCUGCUGCUAGAGAUUGAGAGCGGCUUAAUAGUCAGGGAGGUGCAGGAAGAGAUCGCGGAAAGCAUGAGAAGUCCGCCCGACGAUGAGAACGCUGUCAUGCAAUUGAACAUGGGCGAAGGCAAGUCGUCGGUCAUUGUGCCUAUUGUGGCAGCCGCUCUUGCGGACGGAACACGACUUGUUCGGGUUAUUGUGGCAAGGCCUCAGUCAAAGCAGAUGCUCGAAAUGCUCGACUCGAAGCUUGGAGGCCUACUUCAAAGACGCAUUUUCCAUAUGCCCUUUUCUAGGGCCGUCAAAGUCGGGCCCUCAGAGGCGAUGGCUAUUCAACACAUCUUUGAAGAGUGCAUGGACUCUGGAGGGAUUCUGUUAGUUCAACCAGAACAUAUUCUCUCGUUCAAGCUUAUGGCGAUUGAGACAGCCAUUGCUGGGAGUGUGAGCGUUAGUCGAAUGCUCGUCAGUUCCAAGGACUUUCUCGACAAAGUUACUCGCGACAUUGUGGACGAAAGUGAUGAAAACUUCAGCGUCAAGUUCGAGCUGGUGUACACCAUGGGCACUCAGCGGCCUGUUGAACAUAGCCCGGAGCGAUGGGUAUGCAUACAUCAGGUCCUUGAAGUCAUGAGGAGGUUGCUGCCUGACAUCCACAAGAGAUACCAUAGCUCCUUGGAGGUUGCUGGGAGAAAUAGUGGUUGCUUUCCUCGAACGCGAAUCUUGCGCGACGACGCGAAGACUACCUUGCUCAACCGUAUGGCUCGUCGUCUCAGCGAAUCUGGAUUGACUGGACUUCCGAUGGGGACUCAGUCUGCCUCCAUUCAACAGGCAGUUUACACCUACAUCUCUAAGACGAGCCUCACACAGUCUGAAGUCGAUGCGGUGGAAAGGUCAAAUAUCUGGUUGCCAGCUACGCAAAACAGCAUCCUACUCCUACGAGGGCUCAUUGCCGGCCAGAUUCUCAGCUUCGUUUUCUGUCAAAAGCGAUGGAGGGUCGAUUUCGGCCUCGAUCAUAGUAGGCGGCCACCUACACAACUUGCAGUGCCGUAUCGAGCAAAAGACAAUCCGAGCGCCCGUUCUGAAUUCAGUCAUCCAGACGUCGUUAUCAUUCUAACAUCGCUGAGUUAUUACUAUGGCGGCUUGACUGACUCCGAUCUUUUUUUGAGUUUCAAGCAUCUCGUUCGUUCGGACAUGGCCGACAUGGAAUACCGCUUCUGGGUUGAGGACAGCGAUCAAUUACCACUCUCGUUCCAUCAAUUACCUGGCGUUAAUCUGGAAGAUCGUCCACAGUGCAUUGAACAGAUAUUCCCAUGUCUAAGACAUUCCAAGGGUGUUAUCGACUACUUCCUUCAUCACCUGGUAUUUCCCAAGGAGAUGAAGGAAUUUCCGCACAAGCUAUCUGCCUCGGGAUGGGAUAUAGGAGAGAGGAAAGCAAAUGCGACGACUGGCUUCAGCGGGACAAACGAUUCGAGAGCCUUCUUGCCGUUGAGCGUCAAGCAGCUGGACUUACCGGAUCAGAAGCACACGAAUGCUCUAGUACUCGAGUAUCUACUUCAGGACGAGAACUCCGUGGCAAUGAUUCCAGCAUCAGACAAGAACACAUUAAAGUCAGACGCCGAAACCCUAUUGCAGAUGGUUGUUGGACUGGAGCCUCCCGCUCGAGUGAUUCUCGAUGUCGGCGCUCAAAUCUUGGAACUAGAUAAUAUCGGAGUUGCGAAAAAGUGGCUCGAGAUGACGGAAGACAACGAGACAACACAAGCUGUUAUCUUUUGCGAUGAUCACGAUAACAUCUGUGCUGUGGAUCGUAAGGGCCGUGUCGAAAGCUUGCAGACUUCACCGUUCGCCACUCAGACAGACGUCUGUCUUGUCUUCCUUGACGAGGCUCAUACGAGAGGGACCGAUUUGAAACUUCCGGCAGGAUAUCGGGCAGCAGUAACUUUGGGGGCAAACUUGACCAAAGACAGAUUGGUUCAAGCCUGCAUGCGAAUGAGAAAGCUUGGGAAGGGCCAGUCGGUUAUUUUUUGUGUGUCCGACGAAAUCAAGCAUAAGAUUGCCUCUCAGUCGGAAAUUGACGAGUCCUCAAUCGAAGUGACUCAUGUUCUAGAGUGGUCCAUACAUGAGACGCUCAUGGAUAUGGAGCGAGGCAUUUGGUUGUGGGCAAACCAAGGUCGUCGGUACCAGGAACAUCGAGUCCUGUGGGACGACUGCAUAGUAGACGGAUUCACAAACCUGACUGAUGACCACACAGAGGGAUUCCUUGAAGAGGAGGCACAGACUCUCGAGACUCGAUAUCAACCAGGUCAUCAAUUACCACCCGGUUCAAUGUGCGAUGAAGGUACUGGCGAUGCAAUUACCGAAAGGCUGCUCCAGUUUGGCCGUCACAACGCAGUAUCUGCAACAUUUCGAGAAGAACAAGAACGGGAGCUAUCGCCAGAAGUCGAGCAAGAGAGGGAAGUGCAAAAGGCUCCUCCGGCUUCGCCUGCGAGACAUCACGUACACCCAGACCUCCGCGCAUUCGUGACUAAUGGUACGCUCGAUUGCCACUCGGAGGCAUUCAUCUUUGCCUUUCAAUCUCUGUCAAAAACCAGCGCCGCUCAACACUACGAUGUGAAUAAGUUUCUGCAGGGACUAUUGGUAACAACAGACUUUGCUCGAACAAUCAUUCCAAUGGGGGAAAGUUCAGGUUAUGUCUCGGAUCUGUUUCAGAGAUCUGUGCAGUGGGUUCUCACGAGGGCUCGUGGUAUCGACACUGCGAUCAUCAUCAGCCCCUUUGAGGCUCAAAAACUUCUGCCAGACAUACAGAACUCCAGCUUUGUUUCGCUCAAUCUUUACGCCCCACGACCUAACCUCGGGUUCCGUUCUUUGGAUGAUCUGAAUCUCUUCACCAUCCCGCACCAAAGACUUCCUCAGAACCUCCCCCUUCGACUUGUCACUGAGCUGAACCUGUUUUCGGGUCAACUUUAUGUCAAGUCAAUGGAUCAGUACCGGGACCUACGGCGCUUUCUAACGUUGGAAUCGGAUGACUCAAGGGUCGAUCAUGAUAUUGAACUACCACAAGUAAUCGAUCGGGGGUACCUCGUGCAGUUCAUCAAAGUCGUGCUGAUGAAGAUACGGAGAAACUGUGAGUCGAUUGACAAGACUCAUGUGGGCCGAGUAUUGGAGCAGAGAACUUUGGAUGCUUCGGAUUUUGAGGACGGCACCUAGAUGCAAAGGUGCUUGUUUGGGAUGAUAGAUAGUCUUGCCUG